AACAUCCCAACCAUGAGCUCAGUAAACGACUCCUCACCUUCUGAAGAGGAGGUCUGCUGGACGGAGAAAGAAACUCUGGGGCUGAACAUUGUCGUGAAAGAGGAGAAGGAAGAGGAGGAUGUCACAGUAAAACAAGAAACAGAGGUUGAGGCUGUUACAGUGAAGGAAGAAGAGAACGACGUUAAAUUGACAGAAGAUGAAGACGCGUUCAGAGUGAAAGAGGAGGAGGAUGUUACAGUAAAAGAAGAGGAAGAGAAAGAGGGGGAGAUGACUGCCACAGUGAAAGAAGAGGAAGACGUUUUUGGAAUGAAGGAAUUGGGGGAGAUUACUGUCACAUUGGAAGAAGAAGAAGAGGAGACAGGAGAUCUGAUAAACAACAGAGAGAGACCAGACUGUCACUCUGACAGCAGUAAGAGUCCUUCACAGGAACCAGACCCAGAGACUCCCAAACCAGUGAGACGACACGACUGCUCCAAGUGUAAUAAGAGUUUCAAGUUGUCAUUGAACCUAAAAAAGCAUGAGAGAAAACACACAGGAGGAAAACCUUUCCACUGCUCCCAGUGUGGAAAGAGAUUUUCACGAUCACAGAACCUAAAAAAACAUAGUAGAAUACACACAGGAGAAAAGCCUUACCACUGUUCCCAUUGUGGAAAGAAUUUUAGGUUGUUGGAUAAGCUGAAGGAGCAUGAGAGGACGCACACAGGGGAGAAACCUUACCCUUGCUCCGUGUGUGGAAAAAGUUUUGCCCAGUUAGCUUACCAAAAAGAGCAUGAAAGGAAACACACCGAAGAAAAGCCUUUCCAAUGUUCCCAGUGUGGAAAGAGAUUUUCCCGAUCACAGAACCUAAAAAUGCAUCAAAGGACACACACAAGGGAGAAAACGUAUCUCUGUUCCCAGUGUGGAAAGUGUUUUACUCAUUUAUGGAGCCUGAACAAACAUAAUAGAACGCACACAGGAGAAAAACCUUACCACUGUUCCCAUUGUGGACAGAGUUUUAGGUUGUUAGGUAACCUAAAAGAGCAUGAAAGGAAACACACAGGAGAAAAGCCUUUCCAAUGUUCCCAUUGUGGAAAGAGAUUUACACGAGCACAGCAACUAAAAUCACACGAAAGGACACACACAGGGGAGAAACCAUACCACUGCUCCCAGUGUGAAAAAAGUUUUACGCAGUUAGCGAGCCUGAACACUCAUAAGAGGAUACACACAGGAGAAACGCCUUACCCCUGUGCCCUAUGUGAAAAGAGAUUUUCACGACCACAGGAACUAAAAUCACACGAGAGAACACACACAGGGGAGAAACCAUACCACUGCUCCCAGUGUAAAAAGAGUUUUUCACUGUUAGGGAGCCUGAACAAACAUAAUAGAAUACACACCGGAGAAAAGCCUUACCACUGUGCCCAUUGCGGAAAGACAUUUUCACGAUCACAGGACCUAAAAUCACAUGAGAGGACACACACAGGAGAAAAGCCUUACCCAUGUCCCCAUUGUGGAAAGAGAUUUUCACGAUCACAGGAACUAAAAUCACAUGAGAGGACACACACCGGGGAGAAACCUUAUCAUUGCUCCCUGUGUGGAAAGGAUUUUUCCCAUUUAGGGAGCCUGAACAAACAUAAGAAGACAAUGCACUCUUGAGUGAAGCCUUACCCAUGUUCCCAUUCCCAGGCUGUGUUCUGAUGAGUCACUGUGUUCUGAUGAGUCACAGUGUUCUGAUGAGUCACAGUGUUCUGAUGAGUCACAGUGUUCUGAUGAG